AAGCUCAAAAGAAGCAUGAACUCAACUCAUCACAUCGAGGAUCUUUUUCAGAAGAACUCCACCUGUAAGUAUGAUGCCAAAAACUUUAACUCGAACAGCACAGAAGAUCUUCCUCAUCCUCCUCAUCUUCCGCGCUUCACCACCGCGGCUCAGGUCCGAGUGACGCUCACGGUCAUCCUGUGCGCGCUGUCCGCCUGCUGCAAUCUCGCCGUGCUUUAUUUAGCCAACCACGACCACAGAAAACGCUCCCACGUUCGGUUGAUCAUCACCAAUCUGGCUGUGGCGGAUUUACUGGUGACGUUCAUCGUCAUGCCGCUGGACGCGGUGUGGAAUAUAACGGUGCAGUGGCUCGCGGGGGAUCUCGCGUGCCGGACGCUGAUGUUUCUCAAACUCGUGGCCAUGUACUCGUGCGCUUUCGUGACCGUGGUGAUUAGUUUGGACCGACAGGCUGCCAUUCUCAAACCUCUGUCUAUCAACAAAGCGAAGAGGAGAAAUAAAGUUAUGCUGAGUGUAGCGUGGACCACGAGUGUCGUGUUAUCCAUACCACAGGUGUUCGUUUUCCAUGUUGUGGUGAUUGAUUCCCCUAAGCGGUUUAUCCAGUGUACGACGUACGGCAGCUUUAGCUCACGCUGGCAGGAGACACUUUACAACAUGCUUACCUUCACCUUCCUCUUCCUCUUACCACUCUUCAUCAUGAUCUCAUGCUACACCAGGAUACUGUUUGAGAUCUCCAAGAAAAUGACUGAAGACAGCUUGCUGUCCAACAAAGUGCAGCUGCGCAGGUCAAAAAACAACAUCCCUAAGGCACGCAUGCGCACACUGAAGAUGACUGUGGUCAUCGUCCUGUCAUUCAUGGUGUGUUGGACACCCUACUACAUGCUUGGCCUAUGGUACUGGUUCUGUCCCGCUGGCCUGGAGGAAACAGUGUCCCAGUCCCUCUCGCACAUCCUUUUUAUCUUUGGCCUAUUAAAUGCUUGUUUGGACCCCCUCAUCUACGGUCUCUUCACCAUUCCACUGUGUAGAGGCAUGAGGCACCGACAGCGUGGACAUAACGUUGUAGCUUUUGAGCUGGAGAACACUAAUAACUCUUUGAUGACUUCCAUCAGAACUUCCACCUCCUCUCUCACUUUAAAGAGACUGACAGUUCAGCAGACUUCUAGAGAAAAGCUAGAAUGGGAUGGAGAGUAUGUGCACAGGAUUGGAGAUGAUGGGCCAAAGAAUAGUGUCGCUUUUGCAAAUUAUUCCACCUGUAGAGAUUAAAGGCCAAAACACGAG